CCCACCCACGCUUUUGCUAAGUUCCGGGACCUGUCUCUGCACACAGCCUUGAGAUGCAUCCGCCUCACCUAAAUCAAGUGCUGAAGACCCCAGCUCUGGGUGGAGACGGGUAACCUCCAUACUCGUUACCGGGCUGGAGAAGAUCCGGUGCCCCUCUGCCGGUAGGAGCAGCCCUAGACUAUCUUACUGGACAAAAGCUGCAGCCGCUGCCACCGUGCCAAUUCAUCCAGACGAAGCUUAGCUUGCUCUCUCUUGAAGGCGUUUACUGGAUUGUGCAGUUAUAGCCCAUUCGUGGAACUUUUGACAAGGUAGGCUUCCAUUUUACAAACAUAGGUUCAAUUUCACGUGAUGUGUCCGGACUCGGGCAUUUAGAGGUCAGUUCUGUCCACAGAUGCCCACUGCUGUUUUAUCGUCACAGCUGACGUGCCUCCUUUGAUUCUUCCCACAAAUUGCGAGCUUCAAACUGUAGGGACCAAGGCUGGUUCAUUUGUCAUUCUCUCCUCUCUAAUAAUUACCAAUUGCAAGUAUGAAGGAACGUAUUUACGCUGUGUGAAUAAGUGAAGAUUCCAAGCUUCUGGGGGAGGAAACGUGGAUUCUGUGAUCUUGGUAGUCAACGUGAUUGGAUCUGGAGUCAAGUAGAAGGGAAACUGCUGGACACUCCUGUGAAGGAUUUUCUGCAUCAGCUUAUUUGAAGUGCGAAGACCCACUGCGCAGUGCCUUCAGGACCAUUUGCCUAGGGGUGGUACCACCCACGUGGUGCUGAGCCCUCCCUGGUCAAUCAUCAAUCAUCAAUGCCUUGAUGCCUAUAGGCAAGUCUGAUGGAGGCGGUUCCUCAGUUGAGAUUUCCUCUCCGAGAAAUGUCUAGCAGGCGUCCUUGUGCAAGCCUCCAAGGAUGGACACAUGAUGGACACACAGGAUCCAGUGCUCUCCCACACCUUGUGUCUCGUGUUUGCAGUUUCAAUUGGCUCUGGUUAUCAUUGGGUUAAAGUCUUUCUCCUCCAUUCUGCAAACCUCCUGAGGAGCUCUGAGGCCCAUGAUCUCCCAAGCCUGAGCAACAGCACUUGCUCAGUAACCUCCAUGGCUAUUCCACAUCACUCACAGGAGACUUCCUAUCUGCUGCCUCCGAAUCCUGAGGACUGGGAGAAACAAGGCAUCCCGGACUUUGUCUAUGGCCAGAAGGAUCUCUUCGUCUCGAAGAAGAUUCAGUGGCCAAGGAAUUCACCUAGUGCCGCGGACACACUGCCGCUCUCCCGCUUUGACUCUGCCCUCUGCUCGGCGUGGAGGCAGCGGGCGGAACUGGGCCUGUUUCGAUACCGCCUGGAAGACCUGCAGACCCGAAUCCUCCCUGGUUCCGUGGGGUUUGUAGCUCAGCUGAAUAUAGAGCGAGGGAUACAGAGGAGGCGCCCCCAGAAUAUCAGAAGCGUGAGGCAGGAGUUUGACCCGGAACAGUUUAACUUCAAUAAAAUCCGACCCGGAGAAGUCCUUUUCCGGAUGCAGAGGGAGCCUAACGGCCCAGCUGCUCCAAAGCAAGAGGACGAAGUCCUUGUCGUGAUCAACGUCAGCCCCCUGGAGCGGGGCCAUGUGCUGCUGGUGCCUGCUCCUGCUCACGGGCUCCCCCAGCGGCUGCUCCCGGGAGUGCUCCGGGUGGGCCUGGAAGCUGUGCUGCUGAGCGGGCAGCCAGGCUUCCGGGUGGGCUUCAACAGCCUGGGAGGUCUGGCCUCUGUGAACCAUCUUCACCUGCACGGCUACUACCUGGCCCACCCACUGCCCGUGGAGGGAGCACCAAGCACACCCCUAGACCCAAAGGGCUGUGUACAUCUGCUGCAGGGCCUCCCAGCUCCUGGCUUUCUCUUUUACACGAGUGGGCCCGGGCCUGAUUUGGAAGCGUUAAUUAGCAGGGUAUGCCGGGCUACUGACUACCUGAGUGACUGUGAGAUUGCACAUAACUUAUUCGUGACCCGGGGAGCUCCCCCAGGGCAGGCAUCCUCUACCUCAGACCUCAGUGGGAUCCGAGUCAUUCUGUGGGCCCGCAAGUCCAGCUUUGGAAUAAAGGAAAGUGGGGCGUUUAAUGUUGCCCUCUGUGAGCUGGCCGGCCACCUCCCUGUCAAAACAUCUCAAGACUUCAGCAGCUUGACAGAGGCGGCCGCAGUGGCCCUCAUUCAGGACUGUCUGCUGCCCCAAACUCAGGCAGAUGAGGUACAGGCAGCACUGGUGGCCCUGAUGGCUCAGGAAGAGCUGUGAUCCUUCAGGAGUGUUUUCUUUGCUGACUGAUUGGAGGCCCUUUCCCAAAGGCUGUGGUUCAUGCUAUUUGUGUUCCUUUCCUGACUGCCUCCCCGCCUCCCCACUACCAAGAAAGCACUGACUGAA